UCACGAGGAAGAUUAAUUAUCGACAAAUAUUCUAUAAAAAUGUAAUAUUAAAUUAAUUCGAAAAUUUAUGAAACUGGUAAAUAUAAUUAUUUUUAAAAAUAUUAAUGGCAGAAAAAUUAUGAUACAGUGUAUAACUAUUCAAGUGGAUCCCUCACCUCUCUCUCUGUAUAUCUUUUGAGCUCUCUGGGAUAUUUCUUUGAUUUUGUUGAUGAAAAAGAUUGGGUCAGAAGAGAAAGCAAUGGAGGAGGAACAUAGCCUUAAACAGUUUCAAACUUUCAUUCCAAAGGUUUUUUUGAGACCUUGCAGAGAAAUUUUCAUGGCCAACUUCAGUUAUGGUUGAAGAUUCAUUAGAAAUAACCGAGGAAACAGCUUGUGUUCAUAAUCGAAGGAGAAGCGGUCUCGUUCUAGAGAUACCCUCGAGAACUUUGGAAGAACCCUUUCAAGAAUCCGUGGCAAUAAAGAUUCCCCCAACACCUAGUUUGACUCCCAGGAGAGUGAAUUUUUUCUUGACACCUAGUCCGUCCGAUGCGAGAAUUACGGGAUCCUCGGGUCCUUCCUCGUCGAGAGGCAAGUCGUCCUUGAAGAGUCUUUUACCAAAAGUAAGCUUUAAGCAUAGAAAUCCUAAUUCAGACAUCGAAAAGGCCGCAAACUUUGAACCCGAAUCUUCUUCUAGUUCACAAAGGGAGAAACCCGUCAUUGCAAGUACAUUGUCGGUUACAAAGAUAUUUACUCCUCAGAUGAAAAGGACAUCCUCGAUGCCUGUAACUCGUAUUGCACAUUUGAACUCAGAGUCUGCAAUCACUGGAAGCCUAAGUGUUUCUAAUAGAAAGGGAAGCAUGUGGCAGUUUUCUCGCUCACUUUCACUUCCUCUCAACUGCAAAGAAGGAAACUUAAGGAGAAUGGAUUCAUUUUUUCGUGUGGUUCCCUCAACUCCACGAGUAAAGGAUGGAGAAAUAAACUCGAAUGCUUCGGUGGGACCUGAUGCUGCAUCUCGUUAUUCAGAAAACAGUGAUCUUGAUGGUGAGGACAUUCCCGAAGAAGAGGCAGUUUGCCGAAUUUGUCUGGUUGAACUAUGUGAAGGAGGUGAAACGCUUAAGAUGGAAUGCAGCUGCAGAGGCGAACUCGCUUUGGCCCACAAAGACUGUGCUGUGAAAUGGUUUACCAUCAAAGGGAACAAGAACUGUGAUGUGUGUAACCAAGAGGUCCAGAACCUACCCGUCACUCUUCUACGAAUCCAAAGUACUCGACCUCAAAAUGUUGGAGCUGGUGUUCCUGGAUACAGGGUUUGGCAUGAGGUCCCUAUUCUUGUUUUCCUCAGCAUGCUUUCAUAUUUUUGUUUCCUUGAGCAGCUUCUGAUUGUUAAAAUGGGCACAGGUGCAAUUGCUAUAUCUCUUCCAUUCGCCUGUGUGAUAGGCCUCCUUUCAUCCAUGACUUCAUCAACAAUGGCUACACGAAGAUUUGUCUGGAUUUACGCAUCGAUUCAAUUUGUUUUGGUGGUCAUCUUUGCUCAUAUAUUUUAUUCGCAGGUGAAGGUACAAGCAAUACUAUCAGUUCUCCUUGCAACGUUUUCCGGGUUUGGUGUCACAAUGAGUGGGAGUUCCAUCAUCGUUGAGAUCCAACGAUGUAGAAGAAGAUGGCAGCGGGCUAGGUUAGAGCAGCAACAGCAUAGUUCACAAGUGAUAACUCGAGCUCCGGUCCAAUCCCCUAGAGCUGUUAAUUCGCCUCGGACGGAUCCUAAUAACGUAAACCGGCAAAAUACAGAAACUGUUGGGUGGGAGCUCAAUUGAUCGCAGGUUCUCCAACACUACAUUACGAAAUUUAUCCAGAUUUCAUUUAGGCCAAAAUGGAAAAGGGGUAUAUAAUGAAAUACAUGGUUGCAAUUUUUCUUUGUUUUAUUGCGGUUUCUUGUUUCCCAAGGCUGUAAAAUGCAUUUUUUUAGGGUUUAGAUAGUGAAGAAGCAAAGGAAAAAUUAGGGUUGAAGUACACUUGUUUAAUGGUCGAGAAAUUAAAUUUGCUGGGGUUAGAUGUCUAA